CACAAACAUCCUCGGCGAUGCCGCCUCCACUCACACGACGACAUGGGCCUAGGGAAUGACAGCACGUCCUGCAAUCUGCUGAUGCGGCAUCGAUAUGAGCAGCAGUAGAGGCGAUGGCAGAGGCAGCAAUACCAAAACUCUCCAAGUCUGCGAAAACUGCCGCAUCCGCAAGGUCAGAUGUGACGCCGCCGAACAUGGCUGUCAUCACUGUCGGGAACUAGGCAUGGACUGCAUAAGAACCCCUAUCAUCAGGUUCAAGCAUGCCGGAAAGGGGCAGUCCAUGGCGUGGUCGCCUCAGCAAAUCUGGACGCAACCCAAGACAGAACUCCGCUACUACGACGAGACACCAGAACUCAUAGACUUCUACCACGGUGACAGCCCGCCGUCGCCUUACAAAGAUGCGCAAAGGUUCACUACGCCUGCUCCUAGAGUGCGAGAAAGUCUACCGCCCCAAGCUUCCUCGCCCAAUCUCCCACAGAGCACUCACCGUGCCACUGAACCGACCACGACGCAGUCAGUGGCGCAUAUGCUAUUGGAGAACCUCAAUCGGACUUCGACAAGAGAUCUGGCGCUCUCUCCGCCUACGGAUGCUGGCAUCUUGAAUGGCACAUCCCCGGGCACGAACUCACAAACAACACAAUCACCAUGGACGCUGCACUCAACCGAGUCGAACGACAUGCACAGCCCACACCAGCAAUCUAUUCAGCCUCUUACCGAGUCAGAAGCCAUCCUCCUGCGGAACUUCACGGAGAACAUGGCCCUAUGGGCCGAUGGGCCAGAUCCGCAGAGAUCUUUCGAGAUUGAAGCUUGCCGAAUUGCCUUGACCGACUCUGUACUAAGGCACGCAAUCUGUGCCUUUUCGGCACGACAUAUGAACCGACAGCGUGCGAAUCGAGAUGCAGAGGCCCUUGAGCACCAGGACGCGUGCCUACAGCUGCUCAUACCUGCAAUGUCCGGACAGCUUUCUAUGAGCGAAGGAGUACUUGCUGCGGUUGCGAUUUUGCGGCAGAACGAAGAAAUGGAUGAGUACGACAAUCGCUUUCACCUCGAAGGUGUGACACGAAUUCUCAACGAUGUGUCUGCAUUUGCUUCAUCUGGCGGGCUUCGUGAGGCUACAGCCUGGCUCUGCCUCCGAGAAGACAUAUAUGUAUCUCUGACCACGCAGACUGUCCUCCGAACUAGCCUGCCACCUUUUGAUGGCGCGACCUGGAUACAAGGCGACAGUGAUUCUGCUUGGACGAACAGAAUGGUUCUUCUCCUGGCCAAGCUCUUAUCUGUUGCAUUCCUCGAGGUUGCAGAUCUUACUGCACUCGCCAACAUUCGAGCGCGUAUUGCCGAGUGGGACAUCACAAAGCCACAUACUUUCAAUCCCAUCUACCUGCGCGACCGCAACCCUUCAGCUGGUCAGCAUUUGCCAGAGAUAUGGAUGUUGGCCCCGAUCCAUGCCAUCGGCUUGCAAUACUAUCACAUCGCACAGCUUGUGCUGGCUGUCGCUGCACACGUCACGUCUGCAAGACCUUUCGAUCACAUUCACGAGCAUCGCAACGUGGAGAGACAGGUCCGAUACCAUCUGCUUCGUGCUGUAGGCAUCGCUCGGUCGAAUGCCCGAGCUCAGAACACCUGGUUCACUGCUCACCACUGCCUCCACGUUUGGGGCGGUAGUCUGCGGAGAAAAGGCGACCAACAAGCGUGUCUAGCUUUCCUUCAAGACAUGGGAAAUCAGACUGGGUGGAGAGUUGGGCGCCUCAUGCAAGCUCUAGUAGCACAAUGGGAGGAUGAUAGCGAGUAA